AAAACAACAAAUUGAUGUGGUCCAUAAGCAACUUGCUUAGUGUAUGUACAGGUCUUGUGCUUGUCAAUUCUUCCACUGAUAGCUUGCUUUAAUUUCCAGCAAUCAACAACAUUAAAUGUGACCUUCAACAUUCAUACAGAAGCAACAAAAAUAAAAGUGAAGUGUGAAAAUAUAUUUUGCAAGAGAGUGUGGUGAUGGAAAAAGGGAAAGGAAGAGUUUGUGUAACUGGAGGUACUGGGUUUAUUGGUUCAUGGAUUAUCAAGAGACUUCUUGAAGAUGGUUACACUGUUAACACCACCGUUAGAUCAAAUCCAGAUAUGUAAGCGAAAUUAUGCAAAUUGCAGGGCAAAAGAAAGAUGUUAGCUUCCUCACAGAUCUUCCAAAUGCAUCUCAAAAGCUACAAAUUUUCAAUGCUGAUCUUAGCAACCCUGAAAGUUUCAAUGCAGCAAUUGAAGGGUGCAUUGGAGUAUUCCACACAGCUACUCCAGUUGAUUUUGAACUGAAAGAACCAGAGGAAAUUGUGAUAAAAAGAACCAUUGAUGGGGCAUUAGGAAUUCUAAAAGCAUGCAAAAAUUCAAAGACAGUGAAAAGAGUUGUUUACACCUCAAGUGCUUCUGCUGUGUGCAUGCAAAACAAAGAAGUAGAGGUAAUGGAUGAAAGUUAUUGGAGUGAUGUGAAUAAUCUUAGAACUUUGAAACCUUUUGCUUGGUCAUAUGCUGUUUCUAAAACCCUAGCUGAGAAAGCUGUUCUUGAAUUUGGAGAACAACAUGGUUUGGAUAUUGUGACUCUUCUACCCACUUUUGUUGUUGGACCUUUCAUUUGUCCUAAGCUACCUAGUUCUGUCCAUAGUUCACUAGCUUUCUUAUUUGGUGGUAUUAACAAGAAUCCAUUGAUGCUUGUAUCUCGUACUGGUAUGGUGCAUGUUGAUGAUGUGGCUAGAGCACAUAUAUUUUUACUUGAACAUCCUAAUCCAAAAGGGAGAUAUAAUUGUUCACCAUUCAUUGCAAAUAUUGAAGAAAUAGUUGACCUUGUUUCUUCCAAGUACCCUGAACUUCAAAUGCCAACAUCCAAAGAGCUUAUGGGAGUUAAAGGUCCUAAGUUUCCACAUUUAACCUCAAAGAAACUCAUGGAUGAUGGAUUCAAGUUCAAAUAUAGCCUUGAGGAAAUGUUUGAGGACGCAAUUGAAUGUUGCAAGGAAAAGGGUUAUCUUUGAACCAUAUAUGAAGUUAACAUGAUGAUUGAUAAGUACUUUUUAAGACCUUUAAAUAGUAAUUUUUUUUUAAAAAAAUAUAUGUAAUCAAUGCAUCGGAUUGAAAUAUUUAACUUUUAUGUAAAAAUAUCUUCUUUUGGAAUGUUUAAAGAGUGUCUCAGGACACUCGUUAACAUGACCCAUUAAUAAAUUAUAUGUCGUUUGACAUGAACUUCAACCUCAAUAGAUGGACAUUUUUUUGCAUUAAA